AUGAGACUGGAGAGUAGGGUCAGCCCUCACUCUCGAAUCCGGUGGAUGAGGGGCACCCCUCCAAGGGUGUCUCUGCGUCUCAACCGGCCAAGAUUGAGUCACUGCAACCUCUCAGAGAGAAGCUGUGAUGCUCUGUCCUCAGUUCUCAACUCUGUUUCCUCUUGUCUGAAAGAGCUGGACCUCAGUAACAAUAACCUACAGGUCUCAGGAGCAAAGUUUCUGUCUGCUGCACUGCAGAGUCCACAUUGUACACUGGAAACACUCAGAUUGAGGAGCUGUGGUUUAUCAGAGAUCAGCUGUGAUUAUCUGGCAGCAGCUCUGAAGUCUAACCCCUCCCACCCGAGUGUGCUCGAUCUGAGUGGACACUACAACAACCUGCAGGAUUCAGGAGUGAAACAAUUGUGUGUUCUUCUGGAGAAUCCACGAUGUCGAUUUGAAACUCUGAGAUUGGGGAGCUGUGGUUUGUCAAAGAUCAGCUGUGGUUAUCUGGCAGCAGCGCUGAAGUCCAACCCCUCCCAUCUGAGAGAGCUCGACCUGAGUAAUGACUACCUGUCCUUGACUAGGAACAACAACCUGCAGGAUUCAGGAGUGAAGCAGCUGUGUGGUUUUCUGGAAAGUCCAGGAUGUGGACUUGAAACUCUGAGACUGGAGCGCUGUGGUUUGUCAGAGAUCAGCUGUGAUUAUCUGGCAGCAGUGCUGAAGUCCAACCCCUCCCAUCUGAGAGAGCUGGACCUGAGCCUGAACAACCUGCAGGAUUCAGGAGUGAAGCAUCUGUGUGGUUUUCUGCAGAGUCCAGGAUGUGGACUUGAAACUCUGAGAUUGAGUUACUGUGGUUUGUCAGAGAACAGCUGUGACUAUCUGGCAGCAGCGCUGAAGUCCAACCCCACCCAUCUGAGAGAGCUGGACCUGAGAGAAACUACAGCGUGCAGGAUCCAGAUGUGAAGCAGCUGUCUGAUCUUCAAGAGAGUCCAGACUACAGACUGGAGACUC